UCAAUAUAAAGGACCACGACUACGAAGCAAACAGAGCAUAUGUGGGAUUCUUAUCUGCCUCGUCACUCUCUCACCCAUGGAGACUAUUCGAUCAGGAUCCGAGAAAAUAACGAACCAAGAUGUCCCAAUUCUUGAAGAACCGCUUUUGGAUCAUGGUAAUAGUAAAGAUAAGGCCAGAGGGGGUGAUGCUGUGACUGCUUAUGAGAAUGCGGGCUUUUUUGAUACUGUGUUUUUUUCAUGGUUGAAUCCUUUACUUGCAUUAGCAGUUGAGAAAUCUACCUUGGAGAUUGAUGAUGUCCCUCAACUAGGCCCCUCUAAUAGUGUUUUUGGGGCGUUUCCUUUGUUUCGAACUAGGCUUCUUGAGUCAUCAUCACAGGAUGAUAAUCAUGAUGAUGUUGGUGGUCGUGGUCAUGGUAAAAGAGUGGCUACUACUGCAGUUGGGCUUGCCAAGGUGUAUUUCAUGUUGGCUUGGAAGGAGAUUAUUUGGACAGCUUUCCUGGCCAUAAUUUACACACUGGUUUGUUAUGUGGCUCCUUAUCUUGUUGAUAGCUUUGUUCAGUGCCUUAAUGGCAGAGAAGCAUUCCCAAAUCAGGGAUAUGUUCUUGCUUUGACGUUUUUUGCUACGACUUUUCUCGAGGUUUUUAUACGGAGACACUGGAUCUUUAGGAUGCAACAAAUUGGAAUUAGGAUUCGAGGCGUGACAACUGUAAUGCUCUAUGAUAAGAGUUUGACACUUCCUUCUUGGUCAUCGCAAUUGCAAGAUGAGCAGGGUAGUGGUGGCAGUGGGGGAGAACUUCUAAAUGCUGUGGCCGUUGAUGUCGAGACAAUCCAAGGUUUUAUUGUGUAUAUCCAUGAUACAUGGUUAAUCUUUGUCCAAAUCGGUUUAGCUUUGCUGAUUUUAUACAUGAAGCUAGGACUUCUUGCCUCUGUUGGUGCUUUCGGUGUAACAUUAUUUUUUAUGAUGGCAAACUUCCUCUUAAUGAAAUUGCAAGAGAAGUUCCAAAAAAACCUAAUGAAAUCCAAGGAUAAUAGAAUGAAGGUGACUAUUGAGACCUUAAGUAAUAUGAGAGUUCUCAGGUUUCAAGGAUGGGAAAUGAGUUUUAUGUCCAAGAUUCUUCAACUCAGAAAAGUAGAGAUACAAUGGUUGAAGAAAUAUCUAUAUGGUAUAGUAUUGAUAGGAUUUUUCACUGGGAUAGGUCCGACUUUAGUGGCUUUGUUCACUUUUGGUUCUUGUAUAUACAUGGGAAUCCCACUAGAAAUGGGACAAAUUUUCUCUGCGCUUGCUACUUUUCGGGUUCUUCAAGAGCCAAUUUUUCUCCUCCCAGAUACGUUAUCCUUGCUAGUCCAAGCGAAGGUUUCCCUUGCAAGAAUCGCCUCUUUUCUUUCCCUCGAUGAGCUUCUAAAUAAUGGUUUGGAGAAGCUGCCAUUUGGUAGUUCUGAUACAGCACUCGAGAUUAUUGAUGGGAGCUUCACUUGGGAUAAUAAUAUUUCAAAUAAUACAGCAGCACUAAACGACAUAAACCUUAAAGUUUCUCAUGGUAUGAAGGUUGGCAUAUGUGGUACAGUUGGUUCUGGUAAGUCGAGCUUACUGUCUUGCAUUCUGGGUGAAAUGCCUAGAAUUUCAGGAGAUGUCAAAUUUUGCGGGACAAAUGCUUAUGUUUCUCAGUCACCGUGGAUACAAAGUGGUACAGUUCAGGACAACAUACUGUUUGGGAAGAAUAUGGACCGACAAAGAUAUGAUCAAGUACUUGAAGCAUGUUCUCUUAAGAAGGACUUGGAGAUCCUUUCAUUUGGUGAUCAAACUGUUAUCGGUGAGAAAGGUAUCAAUUUAAGUGGCGGACAGAAGCAAAGAAUACAACUUGCUCGCGCUGUCUACCAUGAUGUUGAUAUCUAUUUACUUGAUGAUCCUUUUAGUGCUGUGGACGCCCAUACCGGUUCUCAUUUAUUCAAGGAAGUUUUGCUUGGUCUUCUGAGUGGGAAAACUGUUAUUUAUGUUACUCAUCAAGUUGAGUUCUUGAAUGCAGCUGAUCUAAUUGUGGUCAUGAAAAAUGGAAAAAUUGUACAAGUUGGAAAGUAUAACGAAAUUCUCGUUCCCGGCUCCGAUUUUAUACAACUUGUAGGUGCACAAGUUGCAGCUCUGCCAUCUACACUUGAUGACAACAAGGCAGCGCCUAUUUCUUCAGACAAUACGGAGACUAUCAUCAUAAAUGAAAAUGUGAAUGGAAAAGUAGACGACGGUGGCGGCGCUGUUGGAUCUGCACCUCAACAGCUUGUAAAAGAUGAAGAAAGAGAGAGUGGUAGAGUUAGGUUUCCAGUCUACUGGGAAUACAUCAAAACUGCUUAUGGUGGAUCUCUGGUGCUUCUUAUGAUUCUGGCCUCGAUCAUCUUACAAAUACUUCAGAUAGGGAGCAACUAUUGGCUGGCAUGGGCAGCUCCGUCAUCAAAGGAUGUGAAUCCUGUUGUAAGUGGAUCCACACUAAUGAUUGUCUAUGCAUCCCUGGCGUUAGGAAUAUGUUUCUGCACCCUUGCUCAAAACUCCCUUGUUGUAGCCGCAGGCUAUAAAACUGCCAUCGUACUUUUUAAGAAAAUGAUGGAGACUAUUUUCCGUGCUCCUAUGUCAUUUUUUGAUGCUACACCUUCUGGAAGAAUUCUCAACAGAUGUUCAACUGAUCAAAGUGCUAUGGAGACUAGGAUUCCGUCUGUACUUGACGGGCUUAUUUGCGACAUCAUUGCACUUGCGGGAGUUAUUGCUCUGAUGUCUACAGUUGCUUGGGAAGUUUUGGUUUUAGUCAUACCCUUGAUUUUCGCCGCCAUAUGGUAUCAGCAAUAUUAUAUGCCUGCAUCAAGAGAAUUAUCACGACUCAGUCGAGUAUGUGAAGCUCCGGUUAUUCAAUUUUUUAAGGAAACUAUAUCGGGAAUAACAACUAUUAGGAGUUAUGAUCAAGAGUCAAGAUUUCAGCAAACAUAUAUGAAGAUAGUGGAUGCAUAUUCUCGCCCCGAGUUCCAACUUGCUGCUGCAAUGAAAUGGCUAUUGUUGCGAUUGGAAACAUUCUCCUCUAUUACCUUUUCCUUCCUUUUGGUUCUCUCGAUGUACCUGAGAAAUAGCAUAGAUCCUGCAAUUGCAGGGUUAGCUUUAACAUACGGACUCACCUUAAGCAGAACUCUAGCUGGAGUAGUAUGGUGUUUAUGCCAUUUGGAAACUAAAAUGAUAUCAGUUGAGAGGAUUCUUCAAUACACGAGCAUUCCUAGUGAAGGUCCCCUUAUCGUACAAAAACACAGGCCAGAUAGUUCUUGGCCAGUAAGAGGAGAAAUCAGUAUUCAUAAUUUGCAGAUUCGGUAUGCUCCGCAUUUACCCCUUAUAUUACAUGGUGUGACUUGCACUUUCCCGGCAGGGAAGAAAAUUGGAAUUGUUGGAAGAACAGGAAGCGGGAAAUCAACUCUAAUACAAGCACUGUUCCGGCUAGUCGAACCUACAACUGGUUGUAUUUUCAUUGAUGGCAUUGAUAUCUCAUCCAUUGGACUCCAAGAUUUGAGGUCUCGACUCAGUAUUAUUCCUCAGGAUCCAACCAUGUUUCAAGGAACCAUACGAAGCAAUUUAGACCCACUCGAGCAGUACACAGAUGCACAAAUAUGGGAUACAUUAGAAAAGUGUCAGCUGGGAGACGAAGUCAGGAAAAUGGAAAAAAAGUUGGAUUCUAAUGUUCAUGAAAACGGGGAGAACUGGAGUAUGGGUCAGAGACAACUAAUUUGUCUUGGGCGAGUACUACUCAAGAAAAGCAAGGUGUUGAUCCUUGAUGAAGCAACAGCUUCAGUUGACACUAACACUGAUAAUCUUAUUCAACAAACUCUCAAGCAUCAUUUUUCUGAUUGUACCCUUGUCACCAUUGCACAUCGUAUUACUUCUGUCCUUGACAGCGACAUGGUCUUGCUUCUUAGUCAUGUAUCCGCUGAUUCUCUUGCAGGCUUUGUAAUGGAAUAUGAUUCUCCCUCAAGGUUAUUGGAGAGCAAAUCUUCUUCAUUCUCAAAGCUUGUGGCAGAGUAUACAUCAAGAUCCGCUGAUUCAAAUGCACACUGAUAGUUAACUCAGAAAAAAAUGGGAUUCAGUAAACUUUUCUGGUUAAACUAGUAAUGUAUUUAAGCCAAUAUAUUAAGCACAUUGUGUGCUAAUUACCUACACUUCUGUCAAUAAAGUCCAUUUCGUUUCGUGCCAAAGUAUAAAUAUUCUUUAAUUAUGAAUUCAGCUGAAUUUUUGUACAAUUCUUUCUAAUUUGUCAUGUGACAGAAUACAUCGCUAUAUACAAGCAUCUAUAUCUAUACUCAUUGUUUAACUAAGCCGCGCUACAAAAUUUCUUUUCAGUCACAUGACAGGUGCAGUUUCUUUGCUAUUUGUAUAGUGAAUGUAAAGUACACAGCUUUGUGAUUGUGGACUUCUUUAGACUGUUUGUAGUCGAUUGACAUUUAUUCAUAAAAUAAGGCUUUCUUUGGGGAUACUAAACUCAUGCUUCUUUUUGCCUUUAAUCGAUGUUUUUAUAUC